AUGACAGCUGACACCGACUCUACGCUACCCCAAGAGACCAAGCCAACAACAGCAACAACCGAAGACACAUCCAACCUCUCUCAAGCUUCAUCAUCCUCUAAUAACCAUCAUCAUAGCAACACAACAUCCAUUCAAGUCACACCUCCUCCGUCAUCAUCUUCCGAAAACAAAUUAAAAUUAUUCUUUUUGAAAUUAUUUCACAAAAGCCAUGAUGAAAAUAAUUUAAAAAGAAGUACUUCAUUCUUUGAUCGAUUUAAAAAGAAUAACAAAUCCAAUACUACUGUGUCUUCUUCAAAAUCAGAUCUUUCAAAGAAAUCUCUCCAUGAGCAAGAACCACAAGACAACAACAAGAACACUCAUGAAUCGAGCAUGUCAUUAUUCAAUGAUUUAUGUGAUGUUGUUGUGGUUGAGGAGAAGAUUUCUCACACCAACAGUGAAACAACAACAUCUUCUAACACAAAGAAUGUGAUCAUUGAAACACCACCUUCGACAACACCUCUCCUUCAUGAAUUUUUAUGCCUUUUUAAUGCAAAUUCCAAUACAUUGGUAAUCUAUGAUGAAAAUGAAUUGAAGAAAAUGAUUCCAUUAUUGGAUCAAACCAAUGACAUACCCUCUCUACAAAAUCAAAUUCGAUUGCAUGAUCAUGGUGAUGAUAUCAGUUGUGUCUUGAGCGUUCAACAAAAGUCACGAACUUGUAUUUUCACAGGUUCACACGAUAACACUAUUUUACAAUAUGAAUAUCAAAAGAAUAGCAAAGAUCAACCAUUUAAAUUGAUUCAUACAUUUCAAGAUGAAAAGAAUACUGUAGAGUGUCUUUCUCACUAUAAGAAUCAUUUUCUAUUGUCAGGCUCGAGGGAUAAAAUUGUAAGAUUGAGAAAAAUUCAACGCUCUUCAAAUAGUAGUGAUGAAGAAUUAACUUGUGUAUUGGCAAGAUUAGAAGGUCACACCAGUUGGAUUCAAUCUGUGUAUGGUGGCGGUAGUGAAGAGGAAACUUUUGUGGAUUCUUGUAUAUUCUCUUCACAAAGAAGUGCCUCUGUCAAGGAAUCUGAAAUUUAUAUGUGGAAUUUGGAAAAACAAACAAUUGUUCAGAAAUUAAGUGGCCAUGAAGGUACUGUUUACAAGAUGGCACAUUUAAAGUCAACAUUGUUAAGCGCUUCUCAAGAUAGCACAAUCAAAAUGUGGGACGUUAGGACGAGCGGUGGUGACCAGGUAGGAGAGCUAAAAGGCCAUACCGACUGGGUUAAAGAUGUUUCAACAAGAGGAGACAAUCAUGUUAUUUCCUGCUCGUUAGAUGGUACUCUUAGAUUAUGGGACAUUAGAAAUGUAUCCACUUGCGUCAAAGUGCUAUUUGAUUUUAACAGUAAUGAAAGAUUGAAAGAUCAAAAGUAUGGAUUUACGUCAAUGUCUCUUUCUCAAGACAAAUUAUACCUUGGCUCCAAUCACGGCAAAUACGUCUACACCUAUGACCUAAAACAUUCGCAAAUGAAAUGCUGUGAAAUUGAUCAGGACUUUGCAGUUGAUGGUAUUUGCAUUGCAACAACUUUUUAA